AUUUAUUUCAUCUGUCAGUGGACUCAGUGAAUUAAAAAAAAUAAUAAUUUUUCUAUUAGAAUAAACAGCAAAAGUCGCAAUAUUUUCGAGAAUCAAACGAGAUCUCCAACAAUAAACAAGUGUGAAAAGGAAAUAAGAGAAUAGAAACUCAUUCAAUAAUUUACUUCGUGUAUGACUGAAUUUCCAGCGAGAGUAAAAUAACAAGCUGACAACGAAGAAUUCUCAAUAAAAAGUUCGAUAUUCAUCUCCAGUUGUGGUUUUUCGUGGCAAAACAGAAAGUUUAUUUUUUGCAAACAAACAAAAAAGAAUAUUGAGCAUAAAAAGAAUCAUAAAAUGUGAGGAAAUAUGAUAAUGAAAUACUGAAGGAGGAAUAAGCGAGCUAAAUAGUUACUGACAUUCUGAAUGAGAAAUUGAACGUUACAUUAUCUAUGAAUGCGAAAAACAAGUUAUUAACGACGCCUGAAACUUAUAGAUAGAUCCACAUCCAUUCUUAACAGUUCAUAUAACUGAAUUUAUAGGAUAAAUAACACACUAGAGUGAAAGUAGCAUAAGAAGAGAUAAAAAUCCUAAAAGGACGACAAAUAUCUCAACUAUUUUAAUACUUUUGUUGUUCCUGUUUAACUACAAAUAAUAAAGAAACAUCCAAAUAAAUUAAAAGAAAGGAAUUAAGUAAAGACUCAACGAUAUCUUCAACACAGCACAAACAUGGGCAAAAAGAAUUCUAAAUUAAAGCAGGAUACAAUCGACAGGCUGACGACAGACACAUAUUUCACAGAGAAGGAAAUACGACAAUGGCACAAAGGAUUCCUAAAAGAUUGUCCCAACGGACUUCUAACGGAGCAAGGCUUCAUAAAAAUCUACAAACAGUUCUUUCCACAAGGCGAUCCCAGUAAAUUUGCAUCAUUAGUGUUUAGAGUAUUCGACGAGAACAAUGAUGGUUCAAUAGAGUUUGAAGAAUUCAUAAGAGCGUUAUCGAUCACAUCACGUGGAAACCUGGACGAAAAAUUGAAUUGGGCAUUUAGAUUAUAUGAUGUGGACAAUGAUGGCUUCAUAACCCGCGAUGAAAUGUACAAUAUUGUGGAUGCAAUUUAUCAGAUGGUGGGUCAACAACCAGCAACAGAAGAUGAGAAUACGCCACAGAAGCGAGUCGAUAAAAUAUUUGAUCAGAUGGAUAAGAAUCAUGACGACCGUUUAACGUUGGAGGAGUUUAGAGAUGGCAGUAAAGCAGAUCCCAGAAUCGUACAAGCGCUGAGUCUCGGCGGCGAUUAAGUUUUACAUACCGUUCUACUUAGCGAUGUCUGAAAAGUUUCAUUUUAUUUUUACUGAAAUGAUAAAAAGCGUUUCUUUUAUUGUUUGUGAAGUAAAAUUUGUAAAAAAAAAGUAAUAACAUAAAAGCAGAUGAGAUGAUUCAAUAGAAUAACAUCGAGGAAUUUAGUUCCAUGAAAAAAAAGGAAAAAUUUUAUCAUUAUUUAUUUCAAAUUCGACAUCCUUAUGAAGAU